ACUCAUCAUUACCCAUCAACAACAUCACCAGAAUCAUGAUUAUGAUCACCCGUUUCAUCACUAUCAUCAUCACUCUCACUAUCAUAGUCUUUGCCCCUUAGCAGAUUUGUUGAUAAUUGAAAAUGGGAGGAAGCCAGAAGUGAAAGGGUGGACUGUCCUGUAUGAAUUAUUGCAUAGUCAGUCAUUAGCAUUUUGCUAGGGUAUUUGAAGCUCACAGUACUGGUAGAUUUGGAUUACCCAACACUUUCUAGCAACUGCAAAUGUUUUUGGAAGAGGAUAUGUUGAUGAUAUUUAUGAAUUUUAUUGCAGGAGUUUAUAUUUCAUGAAAGAGAGAGAGAAAAAAAUGUUCUUGUACCCUAUCCCCAGAGAAUAUGUGGAAGCUAAAUUGCAAAAACGAGCGAUGGAAAACAACAACAUCUACAGACGGCAGGGAUCAGAAGGGAAUUCCCCCACAGCGGAAAACGGAACUCACAGAUCAGUUGAAAAUAUUUCCCACCGGAGUGAGAUGGCGUCCUAUCCUCGACCCAAUCCUAUGGGGGCGUCCAAACCUCCUUGUAAUGGGCUUGAUGGGUAUUCACAAAGGUUGCCAAGCCAACCGCGACCGCAAGACCUUAGUCGGGAGGAUAUGACACGUGCCGAUGUCAAGAACAUUCAGAAGGAAGCAGUGUUGUCAUAUGUUAAGUCUCGUGUUAGCCCAAGCAAGGGUUCAGCCUCCAACUCCCCUGAUGUCAGCUUUGACUCUGGGGAUGGGCCUUCUUAUCCCCAAGUCUCCUCCAGCUCCUCACACCUACAACACAAUGUGCCACAUGCCAGCUUCUCAUCUAGUCCGUACACCAGCCAAAAUGUUAGUUACCCCAUAAGUGCUCCUCAAGCCUCUAGUACACCAUUCACGAGCAGUAAUAAUAUGGCCAACCCAUAUCCCAGCGCAACCCACCAGAGCACUUCCCAGCCCAGCACCCCACAUGCGAGUACGUACGCAAACAGGGGUAGUAAUGGCUCGCUGCCCAAGACGCCAAGCACAGUCAAGGCUCGAAAGAGGAGUGGAGGUGGUAGGCCCUUUGAUCCUGAUUCCUCUCCUGCUCAUCUGAACUUCACCUACAGACGGGAGAUGGAGAAACAGCAGCAUGAGAAGCAGUUGAUAGAAAAUUUAAGAAAUAUAAUUGAAAGCAGAUUAAAAGUGUCUUUGCCAGCUGACCUCUCUGCUGCCUUGAUGGAUGGCGUUGUGCUCUGCCACCUAGCCAACCAUGUCCGCCCGAGAUCUGUUUCUUCUAUCCAUGUUCCGUCUCCGGCGGUGCCAAAAUUGACAAUAGCUAAAUGUAGGUUGAAUGUUGAAAACUUCCUUGAAGCUUGCCGGAAAAUCGGAGUAGAAGAUGAGUACACCUGCAGUGCACAUGACAUUUUGGAAGAGAGAGGGACAGUGCGAGUGGCCAUAACUGUUGAAAGAUUGCUUCAGUUCUACCAGGGACGCCAUGCACCCAUGUCACCAAGAAAUCAGACCCCAGUAUGACAGCCCCUCUCCUGAGCUCCUCUGCAACCCCCAGUAUUAUCAUGUCCUGUCAGACUUGCAGAUUGCAGUUUUUUCUGUGUAUAAAGUGAAAUGGACAGGAUGUAGAUAGAUUCUUCUUUCUCAUUUCCCCUCCAUUACGGGGCCAACUCUUUUUCAGAGGAUAAUAUUCCUGCCACAUAAAGCAUUCUUUUGUUCUUCUAUAUGUCUGUUAUGAAAGAGACUUGAACAGAUCGCUGCAUUCAAGGCUUGUGCAGUUUGCUGUUUUGACGAGAAGGAAAAAAUGUGCUUCCCUUGUACUGUCAUUAUUCAAGCCAAAGGCAAUUUGUUAUUAUCAGCGAAUACUCUGUGCUGUUGUAAAUUAUUAUUAUUAUUUUUUUUUAGGAAGAAACUGUAAGGUUUGUUCUUUUUUUUAAGAAUUUUUUUUUUUUUUCAUAAUCAUCCAUGACCUUUUUUGCUCACUUCAAGGUCAUCAAAUCAUUCCUAAGUAAAUUUUAUACUAUAAAGCUAUUGUGUGCUUUUAAACUGUUCCUUUAGUCAUGUUAUAUAUAUAUUUUUAUCUUUACACAGCUCUCUCAGCAUCAUACUCAUAAGCUGUCUGUUACUGUCAGAAGUACUGAAUGAAAUUUGCUCACUAUUUAUGCCAUUUUAUGUAGAGAGAGAGAGAGAGAGACAGAAAAUAAAAGUGUUCAGAAAGUGUCCAUUGUGUGGGUUGUGCUAAAAUGAUGACCUAGUCCAUGGUUCUUCAAUUUUCAUUUCUGUAUUUGGAGUUUCCAAUUUUUAGCUUGAUUUUUAAAUGUUUACGAAAAAAAUAUUGCAUGUUGUAGUACCCCAUUUUUAUUUUGGAAUUGUUUAGAUUUUACUCGGACAUUUACUGUCAGUGACAAUAAUAUAUUGUUUUGAUUAUCCAUCUCUGAAGUUGAAAUGGGCAUUAAUACAUUGUUAUAAAAAUAUUAAAGAAUUUUCAGAAGAAAGACUGAUCUUGCCAUCAUUAUAUAAUUGUUGAAAUACUUAAUAUUAUAUCACAAGAACUAAUUAAUUGGUUUUCUUUUCAUUUUACUGCCCAUAUAACAGAAGAUGAAUAUGUGCAAAGGUUGGAGUAAUCUAUAAAAAUUUAAAAAAUAAUAAAAAAAAAAUAGACAAAUAUUUAUUCAUGUUUAUAAUAUCCAUUAUAUGCUGGAUAAAAAGUGCAAUAUAUUUUUACAAAAAGUAGGGGGGGGGGGGGGGGGGGGGAAAGGACACUGGUACUUAAAAAACAAAUAUUUCCAUUACACCUUUUUUCAAUGUUUCUGAUAUAUUUCUCCUUUUUUUGUACUAUGCCUUUUAGCUUUGCGUGUUCAGCAUUUAAUUAUCAUUUUCAUGUUGGACAAUAGGAAUGUAUACAUCAUAUAUAUAUAUUUAUGGGGGAAAAUUCAAACAAGUUUUCAUCUUGAUUCAUUAUAUUAAAGGUUUCAUUCAGCUCAACUUCCAUUUACUGUAAAAUGUGUAGACGAAGCUGUGUUUGUAGAUGAAUGUAUAUAGGAAAUAAAUAUUCACCAAAGAAACCAUA